GAUGAGAAUGAAAAUUUCUUUAUUGUUGAUCGCUUAAAAGAACUAAUAAAAUACAAAGGCUUCCAGGUUGCCCCGGCCGAGCUUGAAGCCCUCCUGUUAACCCAUCAAAGCGUAGCUGAUGCAAGUGUUGUUGGUGUUUUUGUCGAAUCGGAAGCGACAGAGUAUCCUAUUGCAUAUGUUCACGUCAAACCAGGCGUCGAACAGACCGAUGAACUCAAGAAAGAUAUUCAAAAGCAUGUUGCAGAUAAUGCUGCACCAUGCAAGAAGCUGCGUGGAGGCGUCGUUUUUAUUGAUCAAGUGCCGAAGAGCGCGUCAGGAAAAAUCUUGAGAAAACAGUUGAGGGCCAGGGCCAGUGAAGAUUUUGCUAAGCUGAACCAAUGA